CAAUUUCUCAGGAGCAUCCAAACAACUUUUUUCUCCCUAAAUUCUCUGCAUUUCUAGCUCUCAAAAUUUCAAAUCUUUUUCACAAACACCAUAUUUAAUUUCUCCGUACCCUUUGCUCCAAAUCUUUCCAAUACCAACCCUAGAUUGCAUAUUUUGCGAGUUGUGUAUUUGAAUCUUGAAUUUAUUUGUAAAUAAUUUGAGUUCUUUUCCAGAUUUUGAGCCGUAGCUAUGGAGGUUUCAAUGAUUGGAAGCUCUAAGGUGCAUCUGGGCAGGAGUGAUUUGGGUUCUAGAGAGGUUGGGGUUUGUAGUUUUGGCAGAAACUUCAAUGCUAAGACCUCUUCUUUGAAGAAUCCAAAGUUGUGUUUUGGUCAGACUUUUUCAUGGCCUUCAAGAACUUCUGCUUGCUUAAGCCUUAAAGCCUCUGCUGCUUCCCAAACUGAGGCUGUCGUUUCUGACAAAGUUUGUGGAGCAAAAAGAUCUAAACCUAUUGAUAGUGUGAAACUAUAUGUUGGGCUGCCAUUGGAUACAGUCUCUGGUUCUAACACGAUCAACCAAGCACGAGCAAUUGCAGCUGGACUGAAAGCUUUCAAGUUACUAGGUGUAGAUGGUGUGGAACUGCCAAUCUGGUGGGGUAUUGCUGAGAAGGAAGCUAUGGGAAAGUAUGACUGGAGUGGCUACCUUGCUGUGGCUGAAAUGAUCCAGAAGCUCGGCCUGAAGCUUCACGUGUCAUUAUGCUUCCAUGCAUCCAUGAAACAUAAAAUCUCACUUCCUGAAUGGGUUUAUCAAAUCGGUGAAUCAGAUCCUAGCAUCUUCUUUACAGAUCGGUCAGGGCACCAAUAUAAAGAUUGUUUGUCUUUAGUUGUGGAUGAUCUUCCAGUUCUUGAUGGGAAAACUCCACUGCAAGUGUACAAAGGGUUCUGCGAGAGCUUCAAGACUGCAUUUUCCAAUUUCAUGGAUUCCACUAUAACUGGCAUAUCAAUUGGUCUAGGACCAGACGGUGAGCUUCGCUACCCUUCUCACCACCAACCAGCCAAAAGCAAUAAUGGAGCUGGGGAAUUCCAGUGUUAUGAUAAAUACAUGCUAAGUCAUCUCAAACAACACGCGGAAAUGUCUGGUAACCCUCUGUGGGGACUUGGUGGUCCCCAUGAUGCUCCUGCCUAUAACGACCCACCUAUCUCAACCAACUUCUUCAAGGAGCAUGGUGGAUCAUGGGAGACGACUUAUGGUGAUUUUUUCCUUUCUUGGUAUUCCAACCAGCUUAUUACACACGGAGAUCAACUUCUUUCGGUUGCUGCCUCCACUUUCAGUGAUGUCCCCGAGAUUACAGUUUGUGGAAAAGUUCCUCUAAUCCAUUCUUGGUACAAAACUCGUUCCCACCCAGCAGAGCUGGUCGCUGGGAUCUACAACACGGAGAACAGAGAUGGCUACGAAGCUAUAGUUGAGAUGUUCUCGAAGAACAAGUGCAAAAUAAUCUUGCCAGGAAUGGACCUGUCUGACGAGCAGCAGCCAAAGGAAUCCCUCUCGAGUCCAGAAUCGUUACUUGCACAAAUUGCAUUGUGUUGCAGAAAGCAUGGAGUUGAAAUCCUUGGCCAGAACUCAACGGCUUCCAACGCUGCUGCCAGUGGUUUCGAACAGAUCAGAAAGUACUUAGCGGGUGAAAGUGCAGCAGCCAUCAGCUUGUUCACCUAUCAACGGAUGGGGGCGUAUUUCUUCUCCCCCGACCAUUUUCCUUCUUUCACCAAAUUCAUGCGCAACCUCAGGGAACUCGAACUGGAACUCGAUUCAGAUGAUCAGCCUGCUGGAUCAUCUCUUUCUGCCAGGAACCUACAAGAGCAAGCUGCUUAGACAUGCCAUGCCUAGUAUUAUAAUAUAGAUAAGAUAUUGAAUGUGAAAUUAGUAAGUGUUAAAUAUAGAAAAAGAGCUAAAGCUGUAUUUUAGUUUG